CCCACACUCUAAUUGUAAUUUAUACAAAGCACACUAAAUAAAACACUAUACGUACAUACGUCCUUUGUCCAGUAAUUCAUAUUCUGUAUGUAGAACCGGACCCACCCACAUUCACCUCGCCAGUUUCACUCACCAACCACAAGGAAAAAUGAUGCUACACAAAACUAAUGACUUGGAGCCAUAGUUUUGCAAUCAUGGCAAUAAUAAGUAGCCUCCUGAAACACGCACAAAAAAAAGUUGAUCUGUGAACUGGUGGUGGUUGUGGGGUGACGUAUACACUGGACCGUAGAAGAAUCUCCUUAACAAAGGACUUAUACUACGUACACAUUGAAAAUAAUUUCUUUAUGUAUGUACAUACGGUGCCCAAAGGAGACUUGUUUCUCUAUCUGUGGGAUUAAAUCCGUUAUUUGCAGUAUGUCCAUCCUCUGUGCCAAACAUAUUUCGCAAAAAGUAAAUUUUUAAUUGUUACUAAAAUAUUUAGUAAAUAGUAAAGUUACAAAGUUUUUAACUGGAAAUGCUGAAAUCGGAGAAAAACUCGCUAGAAUCACUGCGACAUGAGUCGAAAAGGUUGAUGGGAGAAACGGAGGAAGUGAUCCCAGAAAAGAUAAAGCAGCUCAAAAAGAUCCUACAAAAAGAUAAAGAAUUAGUUCCUCACCCAUCAACAUUUGACGAAUUUUAUUUGCGAUGUAUCCGGGCCAAGAAGUACGAUGUUGACAGAGCUGCUAACUUGUAUAGGAAAUUUUGCCGAUUACGGACCGGUGGGGGUGGGGACUUUCUUGGCAAAUUGAAGCCAUCCAAUUACAGGGAUAUUUUAACCAAGAAUUUUUGUUCCACGUUAAAAACAAGGGAUGAUCUAGGAAGACAAGUCAUUAUUGUACGUGUAGAAAAAUGGGUUCCAUCUGAAAUCCAUUUUGAUGUAACGAUCCUCUGUAUGUUUCUCCUGCUGGAUGAAAUUAGCUCUGUUGAGGACACACAGCUAUUUGGAGCUAUACUGAUCGCUGACCUUUCAACUCUGGGGGUCGAGCAUGCUAAACAAAUUAGUCCGUGGAGGAUACACACAAUGGUGAAAGUCAUACAGGAUUCAUACCCCCUGAGAAUUAAAGAGUUUCAUGUUGUCCGAAAUCCAAAAAUUUUUGGAACCCUGUAUGCUCUGGCGAAACCGUUUUUGAAAGAAAAAAUGAAAAAGAGAAUUAAUUUUCACGGGGAUGAUAUAAACACAUUUCUGUCUUCUGUCCGAAUCGACUCGACCAAGCUUCCAGAGUUUUUGGGUGGUUCUUUGUCCGAAGAAGAAUAUUCGGAUAAAUCGGUACCUAAGCGGAUCUUGAAAAAGGAUGCUUAUUAUGACGAUCUUUUAAAAUAUGGAUAUGUACCAAAACCCAGCUAGUGAAAAGUAUUGAGCAAAUAUGUACAUAAAUUAGUCGAUACUGCAGUUAAGUAUUUAGUACAUAUUUAAUUAUGAAGUUUGUUAAAAAAUGCAACGAUAUGCAAACUUGUGUAUGGAUAAACCAAGAUUAAUUCAACUAACAUUGCCGUACUAAACACAUGCCAAAUAAAUAUAGAAAUAUGUACAUAUAUGUAUUGUAAAUAUUAUAUUAAGUAAUUUUUAAGGUACAAUUGUAUGUAUCAAUGAACCUAUUUUUUAAACAGCCACCAAUAAACGAGACAAAUUAAUGACUGACCAACCCAAAA